UGCUCGGCCCCCCUCACCCUCUCUCUCUCUCUCUCUCUCUCUCUCGUGUCCAUUCGUGGGUUUCGCUGAGCAGUUGUGUUUGUCGGAGCCUCCGGAGCGUAAAUGAGUGGAAACACGUCUGUAAAUAUGUAACUUUCACAGUCCGGCUAACAACAGCGUUUCCUUCGGGAGAAGAAAGAUGGACUCUGUUGUGAGAAAAACCCCAAAGAAGUUGUGGCUCCGCGGUCUGCUUUGGUGGUCGCUCCUGCUCGAGGCGGCGUUGGGAGCUUCCUUCUACGGCGAUGGCUUUGUACAGCUUAAGGCAUCAGAGUCGUCCGACCAUAACACUCUUCGCAUUAGCUUCCGAACCUCAAGCACCAAAGGCCUGCUGUUUCUCGCCGCCGGCAAGACCGACAACUUCCUACUAGAGCUCCAUGCUGGUCACCUGCAGCUCAAAGUGGACCUCGGAUCUGGGGAGCAAGUUUUACAUUCAGAUAGUGGCACCCAGCUCAAUGACCUGGCCUGGCACUCAGUGGAUAUCAGCCAUGUGCAGCAAGAUGUCACUCUGACUGUAGACAAAAACUCCCACACGACUGUAAAGAUGCCAGGCUUCCAUCAUGAUCUAAACAUUGUGGAUGGUCUCUUUGUUGGAGGCUCAGGAGGCCUGGAUAGACCUUACCUCCCUAGGGACCCGGUUGGCUUCAGAGGCUGCAUGGACCAGGUUGUUUUCAAUCAACAUGAUUUGCUUUCAUCACUGAGGCCAUAUACUGGAUUCAAGAAUGUCCAUGAGGUGUCUUUGGGCUGUAGUCCCCAGUUCUUUGCCACUGAGGAAGACCCAAUCAGCUUCUUCAGUUCCAGGGCUUAUAUUUCUCUUCCAACCUGGAACGCCCAGCAGGAAGCUGUAUUCGAAUGCAUCGUGCACACUUCAGCCAAGGAGGGAAUUAUCCUCUACAACUCUGCCAGAGAAGGGGACUUUGUGGCAAUGGAGAUUCAGGAAGGGUUGCCAGUAGCCAUCAUUGGAAAAGGUGGUAAAAAAACUGAGCUCCGCUCCCUCACAUUCAUCAAUGACAGGAAAUGGCAUUCAAUAAAGUUGUUUUUCAGUUCCAAAAGCCUUGAGUUAACUGUUGAUGGGGAGAUGGUGAAAAGCAGCAUUAACUCUCAUUCAAAGGGACUUCAGUUUAAAGGUUAUCUCUAUGUUGGCGGUAUUGAUGACAGCACCAGAUCAGAAGUCAGAAAGAUGGGACUAGUCUCUGUUUCUGGGAAGCGUGUUCGAGGUGGUUCUUUCAAGGGAUGUUUGAAGAACAUUGAGGUCAACAGAGCAAAGAUGGGUCUCUCCAACACCGUAGUCACCAAGGAUAUCUCAGUUGGUUGUGAGCCUGAGAAAGCACCAGAUCCGUCGACCACUAUUAGCCCAACAAGUACUCCUGCAUCCCUCUUUCACUUGUUGACACCAACACCAUCACUUUUCAUGUCCACACUGGCAAGGGGUUUUGACAGACGAUAUGGUUCAAAUUUUAUGCAGCUUAAAAACCUUGUAGUUCCAGAAGGUGGUCGAGCUUCACUGGAGGCCAAACAUAUAAAGGUACUCUUGGACUUCAAGAAGCUUGGGAUUCGACAGUCUCAGAUCAUGUUUAAAAUUCAGGAACAACCGGUUCGUGGUCAGUUAAGACUUGAUGUUGACCAGGACCAAGAAGAGAACACCUUCAGCAUGUUGGACCUUUGGCAUGGAAGAGUUAUGUAUAUUCACGGAGGCUCAGAGGAACUGGAUGACUUCUUUGUGUUUUCAAUUUUUUCUAGCAGUAGAAAGGAAGUUCCUAAUUAUCUGAAAGACAACAAGCUAUACCGCUAUAAUAUCACUGUGACACCAACCAAUGACGCCCCUGAACUGAGUCUCCCUGAGGGGAACCUCUUUGUCCUGUUGGAACACUCAAAGAAGCGCCUGACAACAGAUGUUUUAAAGGCUACAGACAUUGACAGCAACAACACAGACCUUGUCUUCUCUGUGCUUGGUAACCUGAAUGCUGAUGCAGGUUAUCUGGAAAUAGAAAACAACAUUGGCAAGGCAGUGACCUCAUUCUCAUAUUUAGACUUGGAGGAAUUGAGGGUGUACUAUGUUCACACCGGAGUGCGAAACUCAAGGAUCGUUUUUAGAGUCAGUGAUGGGGAAAAGGUUAGCAACACCGUGGUCCUAAGAGUCAUGGCAGUAGCUCUGGAGUAUAAGAUUGCCAACAACACAGGUCUUCAGCUUAUUCAAGGAGAAGCAGCUAUAAUUGGCACAAAGCAGCUGGCUGUACAAACCAAUGCUGUGAAACAAAUUGUAGAAAUCAGGUAUGAUAUCAUUGAACCACCUCAGUAUGGAGAACUCCAGAGACUUCACUCAAGUGGUGAAUGGAGGCCGACUGACUCAUUUUCCCAAAGGCUUCUAGAAAAAGAACGCCUGAGGUUUGUUAGCUCUUUUCAAGAAAUCCAGACAAUCAAUGCCACUGACUUCUUUAAGAGUAAAGUCACAGUUGCUUCAAGGGCAACAACUGAAAUAGUCUUUCCAAUUAAAGUGAAAUGGGUGCGGUACCAUCUGGUGAGAAAUGUUAUGUUACAUUUGGAUAAAAUUAGAAAAGUGACACUGGACUCUGAGUGUCUUUUAGCUUCAGCUGAAGGUGUGGACCUCUCAGAGGAUGAACUGUUUUAUCGUGUUUUGACUAUACCAAAGAAGGGAAAAGUCCUGUUGGAUACCACAGUCUUGGGAAAGAACUCAACCUUUAGCCAAAGAGAUCUCACAAAUCUGAAAGUACAUUACGAGCUAGUCGACAGGCCUUAUGAAGAUACCAGUGACAGGUUUAAAUUCCAGCUGGUUUCCAAGCAUGCUCAGUCACAAAACUAUGAUUUCCAGUUUUCUAUUAAGGCUGAUGUCAAUAGUGUGUUUAUGAAAAAUGCUGGACUCUCACUUCUGGAAGGAGAGAGUAAACUCAUCACGAAAGAUGAGCUGUUUGCAGAGACUUUGAGCACAAAGGAGAUGUAUUACACAGUCACUGCAAGCCCUAAGCAUGGUAAGCUGGCCCGUAUUAGCCAGUCAAACUCCAAUGCUAGCUACAGUAACAUCUUAACCUUUAGUAAUCAGGACAUCAUAGAUGAACGGAUUAUGUACAUCCACGAUGACAGUGAAACAACUCAAGAUGAGUUUAGUUUCAUUGCCUCCACUAGCGAAGGGUUCAAAUCUUCCAUUGCUGAGGAUGAACUUGGAUCUAAAGAAGGAACUUUUAACAUAACUAUUCAGCUGCUCAAUGAUCAAAAGCCUGUACGAGCUAUUGAUAAAGUGUUUCAUGUAGUAAGGGAUGGACAGAGGUUACUAACUAUAAAUGAUCUCCGUUAUCAUGAUGCAGACUCUGACUUUGAUGAUGGCCAGUUGAUUUACACUCGACGUGGGAUCCCAAUGGGUGACCUGGUGCUGGUCAAUGACACCACUCAUCGGCUGUUCCAGUUCAAACAAAAAGAUCUAGAAGAAAAGCGAGUUUUGUUCAUUCACAGAGGUGUUAGCACUGGCAGGUUUGUGCUCUUUGUCUCCGAUGGAAAACAUUUUGUUUCAAGCCUUUUAGACAUCAGUGCACAUGAUCCUUUCUUGAAAGUUGCUAACAACACUGGCCUCCUUGUUCAGAAGGGGCAUUCAGUCACAUUUACCUCCAGUAAUUUUAGUGUCACAACAAAUUUGGACAUCAGGGAUGACCAGGAGGUUAUAUACACAUUGGAUGAAGUUCCUAAGUAUGGUGGACUCUAUCUCAAUGGAACCAAAGUGGAGACGUUCUCGCAGUCUGAUUUAAAGGAUGGAUUGAUCUCGUAUCGGCACCAUGACAGCAAACAUCUGGCAGACAGCUUCAACUUAACAGUCAAAGCUAAAGACCUGCGGCUUACAGAGAGAAUCAGUGUGAAGGUUUAUCUUGAAAGUCAUCAGAGGCCACCCAUCGUGCAGCAUCAAAACAUGCUACUGGUGGAAGAAGGGAAGCCAGCAAAGAUAGAUGAGACUAUAUUGGAGGUCAUUCAUGAGGACAACCUGCCAUCCGAGAUUGUAUUCACAGUCACGGCAGGGCCGUCUCACGGCUUUCUCCGGCGUUUUGUGGAAGCUGAGGAGCGUUACAUCGGAACUGAACAUUCCCCUGUCAAGACAUUUACCCAAAAGGACGUUAACAGUGGGAACAUCCAGUACAUGCAGGUGGAGCCCAGCAAAGUCAACGACACUUUUGUCCUUGAUGCCACCAACGGGAUCACUGACGUCACUGGCAUUAGGAUGUCUGUUGACAUUAUCCCACGCCUCAUCCCACUCCAGGUCUCUAAUUUCACGCUGAACGAGGGAGCCUCGAAGGCACUGACCCAGGAUGUGCUCAAAGUUGUCAGUCAACACUUUGCUGGAAUUAAUUUCCUGUAUAGUUUGACUCAGCCACCCAAGCAUGGUCACAUCGAACACUCCCGACACCCGGGUAUACCCUUAACCUCAUUCAGCAGGAGACAGGUGGAGCAUGAAUUUAUUUACUACGUGCACGACAGCAGCGAAACCUCAUCUGACAACUUCACCAUAGUGGCAAACGACACAGGCCUGAGGAAGCAGAGUGCAGCACAGACGGUGUACAUCCAGGUUACAGCUGUCAACGACGAGCCUCCUGUUAUUACAGCCAACCGCGUCCUCAGGGUUUGGGUGUCCUCCGUGACAGAGAUCAGACCGGAGGAUCUGAGAGCCCAGGACCAUGAUAGCCCCCCAGAGGAGCUUUACUUCAUGGUGACCCCGCCCAGCAACGGACACUUGGCCCUGAAGAGUGCUCCCAUGAAGGUCGUGCUCAACUUCACCCAGGCGCACAUUGACCAGGGGCAGCUGCUGUUUGUACACAAAGGUGCCAUGUCUGGAGGAUUCAACUUCCAAGUCAACGAUGGCGUGAACUUCACUCCCAGGCAGAUCUUCAGCAUCACAGCCAGAGCCUUAGUCCUCAGCUUGGAGAAGAACCGCCCUCUGAAGGUGUUCCCAGGCUCUUCUACACCAGUCACAAGUGAGAAUUUACAAGCAGUGACCAACGACAUUAGUAACACCUCAAAUCGCAUCAUAACAUUCAGUGUGAUUCGUCAUCCUAAACUGGGUCGUCUGGUGACCAGGCAGCCAGACAAUUCCACUGUGGACAUCUCAACUUUCACACAAGACAUGGUGGACAGGAAAGUGGUCUAUUACAUUCAAACCCCCAUGGAAUCAGUGGGCUGGGAAGCCAUGGACUCCAUGACCUUCUCUGUAGCCACACCACCAACCUCGCUGGACAGCCAGACCUUCAAAAUCGACAUUUCCUAUGAGAAUACUGGACCUGAACGCAGCACAGUCCUGCUUGCAAACACAGGUGCUGAGGUAACAGAAGGGGGGAGUGUGGUCAUUGAUGAAUCCAAGCUGGAUGCCUCUAAUCUGAUGUCCAAGCUGCCAACGCCUCAGCGGAGCAGCCAUGAGGUCUGGUUUCAGGUGACAUCUCUGCCUCAGCAUGGCGUUAUAGUUGUGGGAGAGAGAAACCUCACCAAGGAGAAACCUAACUUCUCCCAGUUCAUCGUUAAUAAGUAUGGAAUCACCUACAAGCAUGACAACUCAGAGACAACUCAUGAUACAUUUGCGUUCAGUGCAUGGAUAAAUCCAAAGGGCAAAACAGCACAGCGCCCUGAAGAUGACAUCGAUGUUGUUGAGGAGUGUUUUAACAUUACAAUCACACCUGUAAAUGAUCAGCCACCUUUGCUUAAAACCAAAGCUCCAAGUCUGAGGGUUGUGCAAGGAGAUUCAGUAGCCCUCAGGCCUGAAAAUCUCAAAGUUGAAGACUUAGACAAUCCUCCUGAUGAUAUUAAGUUCUCUGUAAUAAGUAAGCCAAACAAUGGUUAUCUAGCUCUUAAAGGGAAGUUGAAUGAGUCUGUGGUGACCUUCACACAAGCCCAAAUCAAUAAUGAAAGUGUUUAUUUCGUCCAUGAUGGAAGCUCUGUCUCAGGGGUCUUCUACUUCAGUGUCACAGAUGGCCAUCAUAAACCAAUCUAUAAACUCUUUAACCUAGAAGUGAUGGAAAUCACGAUAUCUUUGGUCAACAACACUGGAUUGACAUUGGAGCAAGGGAAGACAUCAGUAUCUCUGACGCAGGAUAACCUCUCUGCUGAGACCAAUGGAAAAAACAUCACCAUUCACUUCCAGAUCACAAGGCCUCCAACCUCUGGUAAAAUUCUGAAGAGCAACCAAGAGGUUACACAGUUUGAACAGGAGGAUCUCCGGGCUGGACGAUUAUCCUAUCACAUGAUCUCUCUGUCCUCUGCAGAUGAUAGCUUCGAGUUCACUGCCUUCACUUCAGAGGCAAAUCUGACCGGCCAAGUGCUCAACAUAACCGUCACACCUUUGAUCCAGUUUGGUAAAGGUGUGAGGAUUCCUAAUGGGGUUGAUGUGAAACUCAGUACCAACUUUCUGAAUGCCUCUGAACUGGCUAAAAUCACUGAGAGUGACCCUGUAUUUGAAAUAGUCUCCCAUCCUAAAUGUGGGAAGGUGGUUCGGACAGCAUCUAAAUUUUCCAAGAAAGCUGCCGCAGUGGAGUCCUUCACCUUUCAGGAGGUGAUGCAGAAGUUGGUAGCCUUUAAAGUGAACACAAACAUGACUGGGAUUAAAGAGCUAAAUGACUCACUGGUGUUUGUACUGAAAGCUGAUAACAUUCAACCUGCUAAAGGGGAGUUCCACUUUACAGUAGUGCCAUUUGAUCCAGCACUUUUUCCAACUACAAAGAGUCCUGUGCCAACCACAUCAACGGCUCUGCGCACACCAGUGCAAACUUCUAGAAAUGGAACCGCCUCACCGUUCAUAUCUACGGCUUAUUUCACCACUCAGCAACCAAGUAAAAACCAUCAAAAGUUCAAGGCACGCAACCGCUGGGGAAACUCCAACAGGACUAGUGUUUUUGGGACAACUCUUGGCAAGACAACACGAGGACCGGAGGAUUUUCCCUACAGGAACACGCCGGUCCGUGUGGAGUCCUUCCCUCAAAAAACGUCCAGUCCUCUCCUGGUCAUCUUACCUCUGCUUGCCCUGCUGCUGCUUGUCAUCAUAUUUGUAGUCCUGGUUGUUUUUCUUCGACACCACAGGGAAAGGAAGCAAAGCACACCUACGCCAAAUGAGCCAACCUCCAGUGGUCUUCCAAGCAGUCAGUCCUACCAAGGUCAAACCCAGAGGAGCACGACAGUCCCCACAGUGACUGUCACUCCAUUAAACCACACCCGCCCUGGUAGUCCUGUCUUUGAUCGUCAUUCACCAGUAAAUCCAAGCUCUGCUUACAACACUGUUGAUUCAAACAUUCUCAUUAGUUCUUGGAGUAGUGGUUCUCCUGCAUCGUCUUCCACGAUCAUUCACGCUACCACUCCCACUCUGCAGAAGAAUCAGUACUGGGUAUGAUCCUACACAACUUAACUCUCAGCUUUAUGUGUUCAAGGGCGCUGUGGCAGGUUUUGUAUCAGAUUAAAGUGUUGCUAUGAACUUAAUGAUGCAAUGACCUCUUUGUCAGGGAUCUAUUGAUUAGUGCUACUCAUUGAAAUGUGCUAUCAUUAUACUCUGUGUAGGACAAGAAGCAUUGUUUGAUAGGGGCUAUUUAUCUAUUGAUAUAUGCUUAAUCUGAAACUGAAUUGAGUUGUUUUCACCAAAAUGGGGGUACAGCCACUCUGGAGAACAGGAAGUAAUGUUUGAUUCUUAUCAAUCCAGAUAGACUAUGCGAUGGUAGCAUGUUUUGACAGGGCAGCACAUCUCAACAGAACACCUGUUAGAUUAUUUAUCAAAGCUGCAUUAACCACUAUUCUUGGACAUAGGUUUGAGGUGUCACUAGUAAUACAGACUUAUCACCCACUUCUGCAUUUUAUGGCACUUUUAUCCUACUUUAGCCGGUUGUUUUGGUUCCAUUGAAUUUUGCUAUUUGGCUCAGUUUAGCAGGCACAGGCUGUUUCCAUUAACAGCAACCAGGCAAAGUUGAAAAUUAGACAAGGAAACACAGUGAUUGAAGGUCUGUGUCUACUACCACUGUUUCCAUGCUAGCAGCACUGAUUUUGCUACGUUAAGAAAGGUAACCUCUGAUUCACAAGUGGUUACAGUUACGUCUGUAUAAAUAGUUCUGUGUACUGAAUUUUUUUCCUUCAAUUAGGAAAAUUUCACUGAUGAAAAUAGCUCAAGCACUAAUAACCUUUUAUUAGUAGCAGCUGAGAUCCAGAAGUAGUCAGAGCAGUUUCUCUCCUCCCAUUGUUGUUGACAGAGUUAAUCAGAAGUCUUACAAUCUCUUUGUUUUGAUUGAUUUGUGAGGAAGAAGUGACAUCUAUGAGUGCUGUGGUGUUCUAGAAGCUGAGCUAUUUACACCUGAGUGUGAUAUGAGGGUAAAAAUCUGGACUGCAUUAUUUUUGUAUAGGAAAUGGGCUCUACCAGUGCAAUAAACUAAGGUAGUAGUGGGCAUAGCCACCCUAAGGUAGCUAAAAUAUUAACGUACUGUAUAGCCAUGAGCCCCACAGUUCCAGUGAUUUGUUAGUCUGAAUGGGUAAUAAGGCAGUUUUUGUGAACAUGUUCAGGAAUAAGGCCUUAUUACAGUGCAUUAGAGGCUUUUUAUCCUCCCUUGCUGGUCAACAAUUGGUUAAUGCAGCUUUAUGUAUAGAUAAGUAAUAAACUACUUUUGCCAAAGUCCAUUGUGAUACAUUACUCAUCAGUUAGACAGCUUUGUGCCAUCCCUGAGUUGCACUAUUCAUUGAAACACUGGUUUACACUCUAAAACCAACAGACUGAGGACAAAAUGAUUACCACUGUGUUGAGGAUGACCCGUGUUUGGUGCCUAAUUUAUGUUUAAUCAUUCUAAUGUAAUCUUGUCCAUAUGCACAUUGAUGUUUCCAUCAGUUCUGAUCAUAACAAUCUAAAACUGUGAGUUACUAAGACUGACACUGGCACGGAGACGUAUGGUUGAAGCAUUUCUAUUGAUUGUGCAUAUUUUUUUUAUUCCUGUUGUGUAUUAUAUAUUAUAAUAUAGCCACUUUUUUAAACUCAGGUAUUUUGUUAGCAGCCGUGUAUUAACAUGUUACCUUUAGAGAGGGUUGCAUGUGUUAUGAAUAAUUAAGAUGCAUUAUGAGACUGAAUAUUUUAAAUCUUAAUUCCUGUCACAAAUGCUCACAGUGUUACUGUAUCUUUAACUCUGAAACAGAUGGUUUUGUACCACUAUUUAAACGUUUGUUUUUAUAUCCCUGAUCAGAUCACAAUGGUAAAAAUGUUAGCACUGUUUUUAUUUUUUAUAUCUAUUUUAUUAUUCACAGUAUUUAUAUGUUUUUAAGAUUUGUGAGCGCUACUUCAAAACACUGACUUCAAAGCGACACAAAUCACUGUUGUAUCAAACCUUCUGUUCACCUCAGUGAUUGAAACUCAAUCUGUAGGCGUAUCCUGUGAUAUCACAGUUUCACUUACAGCUAAGUAGACAUGUUGGUCCAGCCACUGUGGAGCAGAUAACCCUAAAAUAAUCAGUUAUUAAAUACAGAACAUGAAUUACCGGCUUUGUUCAGCCGAUAAUUUAGCAGUAGGCUAAAGCAGGGUUUACUGUAUUGAACAAAAGGAGCUCUGAAUUUAAAAAACUGUCAAGAGAGGGAAUAUUUCUUUGACUGAAAUGAUGGUACUGCUAGAAUUUAUUUCACUUUAUACUAAAAGGCCGGUUUAACUUGCUUCUUCUCCAAGUAUUUCCUGGAGGUUUUGGUUGUUGACACUGUAAAGAUGUAUCUACUGUAAAUUAAAGGUACCUUAUGAUGUGCUUCCAACAAGCAGUCCAGUUUGGUUCAGUGCAGUGUGGUAUUGCUUGCAUUUCUUGCACUUCUUGCAAAGUUUGCCUGGCCUUGCUCGCAGUGAUGGGGAUUCCUACUCUUUUUAGAGAUCUGGAUCAUUUGGCUAAUCUCAGUAAGGUAGCUUUCCCAGAUCUGAGUACACUUGAGCCCAGAGUUCAGUUCCUUUUGGUCAGGGCGCAUGCAGGGCCCACUUGGGGAGGUGGUCUCAGGCGCGAUGUUGAUGUUGAUGAUCAUGUGCACUCUGGCACAGUUUGAAAAAGAAGUGAAUGCAGUCACACCCAGAUAUGAAAAGGAGGGUUGCAUCAGCUUAAUAACAGCAUCAUAAAAACUAAUCAUCUUGCCCUGGCGAGGCAGUUUGUUCACAUUUUUGUUCAUAAUCUUUAGAAUCAAGUCAACAAAUGGUCUGUUAUGACUCACCUUAGAGUCAGCAAGAUGAGUUGCAAAAAGAAAAAAAAAAGCUAUAUCAUUGCAUCCUCUGAGCUGCAUGUAGAUGUGUAUAUAUGAAGAGGGGCGUUGCUGUCAUCUUAAAAAGUGAUUUUUAAACUAUCCAUGGUGGCAGGAUGGACUCUUAAAACAUAAACAAUCUUUGCUAAGGUCAUGACCUGAGGGGUUGCCAUGGUAGCAGCUUCUCUUUUCCCCUCCUUGGCAGGUUUGCAAACCAGCUAGCUACAUGCAUUCUGCCACCUUCUGUAUCAGACUCCGUACAUAUGCAAGGAGCCCCGGGCACGGAUCGAUGGUGCUAGGGUGAAGGCAACCAGGGGGCGGUUCGAAACAAUCAGGCCUAUGGUGAAAGUAAAGCACCCUUAUAGAGAUGGUCUUUUCGCUCCCAAGCAGCACCGUUUGGUACCACAUUUGGUAUUUUUUUUUAGUCUGUGAUGUGCUCUUAUUUCAAAGGACGUGUCUGUCUCAACUAUCUGUCAUGUUUUUGUCACAUCAUGCAUUUUGCAUUUUUACAUUAUUACUGCUGUCACACAGAACGUAAAGAUUCUUUCAACCAGUCAACGGACUGUUGUGCAUGUAGCUCCACUCUUUAGGGUCCUAGCUAGACUUAGUACCUGAGUAGAAAGGUGUUAAAAAGUAGGAUGGGACUGAUCAGUUAUUUGGUACUUUUCUAGAUUUAAGCAGUAAAAAAUAAUUCUAACUGAACUGAACUGACCUGAACUGGACAGCUUGGUGGAAUCACAGCUUUACUGACUGACUGCUUUCUGCGAGAUAAUCUCACAAAAACUACUGUAAACUUGUUAUGAUGGGAGAUAAUUUUGUACUGAAGAGAAAUGUCUAUUUGCUGUAUUCCGGUCUCAUCUGAAAGAUUUAACCUGCUGUGUAACAGAAGUGUCAUAUUUAUUUAUACCAUAUUUUUA